GUUUUGAUUGGAGUUUGUUGUAAAAAAGGAGAUUUUUUAACUUUUUUAGACUUUUUUGAAGAAUUUCGUGAAUUAGGUGAUAAAAAUUAAGGCGAUAAGAGCAGGUCAAAACUCCCCGUGAUGGACAUCACUCGAGUUCCGAACGAAAGGAAGCUGUACCUUUGUAAAUGGUACUUCAAAGCUGGUUUUGCGCUGCUGCCCUUCCUGUGGUCAAUCAACACGAUCUGGUUCUUCAACGAGGCAUUCCGGAAACCGGCUUACGACGAGCAGAAGGAGAUCAAGAAAUAUGUAGUCUUUUCGUUGGUGGGAACGCUGGUGUGGCUCGUGGCCAUCAUUUCCUGGGUGGUCACGUUCCAGAUGAAACGCACGGAUUGGGGAGAAUUCGCGGAUAACAUCAGCUUCCUGGUGCCUCUGGGGCGGGCGUAGUAUUAAGAUUAAUCAACACCAUCAAAUCGUCAGCAUUAUCGAGAGCCUCACUACACUCUAAUCAUCAUUUAAUAGCGUUAAAUAAAGUCAGUUAAGAUUAAUUUC